AUGGAGGUCACGAACUCGUGUGCUGAAGCCCCCGCCGAGGAGGCGGAGCAGAGGGUGUCCGAGCAGAGCAAGGAAGCCGUCGGGGCCGAAACCACCCCGUCGUUGGAGGUGACGGACCAGGCAGCUGAGCGUCCCAAGAAGCCGGCUGAUGUGCAGCCUGAGCAAUCCAUCUCCGUCGAUAGAUCAGACCAAAGUGCUGAGGCCACCGCACAGCAGAAUGCUGCGGGGUCCGCCACUGAAGAUCAGGUAGCAGCAACGGAUAACGAAGAGAUUGAGAAACACCAACUUACAGCCCUUGUGGAGACCCGGGUGGAAAACAACGUCCGUGGGGAGGAGAAGGAUAUGGAGGACACUGUCCCACGUGGAGAGGCUACAACUGAGGAGUCGGACAUGAUGAGCAACAAUACGGAGCUUACAGAAAAGUCAGUGCAAAGGGCACAGGUAGUUAAUGAAAAAGGGUCGUGUGAAGGCGUCGACCAAUCCGCUGACGUAGAGGCACAUUCAGCAAACGAGACACUCCAACAGGGAACCCCUGAUUUGAAUAUCCAGGAUGAAGAUGUGGUAGCCCCAGAGGUAAACAUCGGCCUAAAGGAACCCACAGAAAAUCACUUCGCCUCAGAGAAAACCACGGGCAUCGACGUGGAAAAUUUAGAAGGGACGGCCUGCUUAAAAGAAACGACCAGCCCACAAAUCGGAUCAGUACAGGAAAACAUUGACCCAAUAGGAGUCAUUAGCCUACAGAUUGAGCAUACAGAACCUACAGCCCCAAAGGAGCAAAAUGUCCCUGAAGCUGAUCCUUCAGGAGUAAGAGGCCCAGAGGAAAAUUAUUCUAGCCCGAACGUCGAGCUAGAAGAAGAGCCAGUCCAAUCGGAGCCCGCAGAGGAGCGCGCAGAGCUACAGGAAGCCUCACCUCUUCUAGAAGCAACAGCACAAGAGGGAGAACCCGGUGAAAAUGACACCCCGUCCACAAGUAAGGCCACAUCGGUUAAGUCAACGCCGAUAAGUGCCUCUCCUGAAAUAGCAACUGUCCAUCUGACAGGAAGCUCGCCAAAAUCACAAAAAAUCGUCCUUGGCUUUACGGACGAGCAGGUGAAAGCAGCGAAAGAUGAAAUUUCUACAGGAGUGGUCGCUUCCCUACCAUCUGAGCAACGGCCGCCCCACGUCCAAGAUGUGGCUCUAGAGGUGACAAAGACUGCCGAGGAGGUAGUGGUUUCGUACAAUCAAGAAGAGAGCAAGGUCAGUGAGGCGCCGGCUGAUUCGAUUGCUGAGCCCCAAGAAACACGAGAGGCUCCGUGCCCAGUCGUACAGCCGCGCAGGAGGUCCAAGGUGCGGGACAUGGUUGCGGCGAUCGAGGCCAGCUCCGGGGAGAAGGAGGGCCCGCAGGUCGAAAGCCACCCCAGACCCUCACGCCUGACGACGCGCCAAGUAGAGCCCCUUCCACAUCCUGAGACGAGAAAACCUGACCCUCGUGUCGAACUCCAGACGCAGACGACGGAUUCGGUGGAGUCGCAUGCAGGAAACAAAUCAAGUGUGUCAGUAAAGUUGGCGCAAGGGUGCCAGGGGGCGCCCCUCAGCCAGUCCCACGCAGAGUCUUGCAGCGAGUCUCACAAUGAGCCCCUCGACGAAUCCCUGCCCGAGUCCCACUCCAAACCCGCCACCGAAUCCCACGCCGAGCCGCUCAUCGAGUUCAACGAAGAACCAAUCACCAAGCCCCACGACGAGUCCCUCCCAGAAUCGAACGCCGGGUACCACACCGAACCUCCGGCCGAGUCCAACGAAGAACCCAUUAAACCGAACGCCGAGUACCACACCGAACCUCUGGCCGAGUCCAACGAAGAACCCAUUAGCAAGUCCUACGACGAGUCACUUCCAGAAUCGAACGCCGAGUACCACACCGAACCUCUCGCCGAGUCCAACGAAGAACCCAUCACCAAGCCCCUCGCCGAGUCCCCCGCCGAGCCUUUCGCCGAACACCCAGCGCUGCCCCUCCCCCUGCCCAGGUCCACGGCCCUCGUCAUGAAUAUUGAGAAGCAGCGGGCCGCAAACAACGCCGCCAAGACAUCGGGGGGCGAUAUCGGGCCAGAACAACGUGACGGGAAAUCGCUUUCUGAAAGCCAGGAAAUUGAAAGUAUUCGCGAAAAUGGUUCGACGGUGGCCGUUGACAAUGUGACAGCAGAAACCAAUCCGGAGCCGGCCGAGCAGGCCAGCGCCGAGGACUCGGCUGCCCUCCUGCUGGACUCACUGCCACUGCUCUCCCCGGACAGUGAGAAGGAGAUCGAGCGCCAGUUCGAAUCGCUGAUGAAGACCCAGUGCGGGCCCGUGGAGCCCGUAGAGGCCGAGUUCAACUCACUGGUGCGCGAGCCCACCAUUAGCAAGCAGCCCCACGCCCGCUCCUACCCGGCGACGAAGUUCUUUAAGUAUUUGGAGGAGAGUCAGGACUCGGUCGACGAGCCCAGCUUUCUGGGUAACUGUGACCAGGUUGACGGCAGCAAAGCACUAACUGAAGCGCUGCAGUCGUUGGUGGAGGACUUGGCAAAACCCCCCAUUCAGGAGAACACCCCGGUGGUCGUGGCAGAGGCUGCAGUCGCGGCCGGGCGCACGGAGAAGGAGGACGAGGGGAGCCCCGACGAGAACAGUGUGGCUGAGUUCGGGGCCAUGGGUGCGCUCCAGGUGCGCCUAGGGGAGGGAGUCAGCGAGGACGCGGUUGGUCACCUCGCCGACAUCGCCGAUGCCCUGGAGAACACUAUCGAGGGCAUUGAGGUGGGCCAACUCGGCCAGCAGGGCAAGGCGCAAAAUAGAGAGCGGAGGAAGGAAGAGGAGGAGAGCCUGUUGGAGCUGUGCGACAAGCUCCUCCUCAUCGCUGGCCAGGGCCAGCACCACCUCUCACCAGCCACGACGGGACUCCCCGGGCCCUGCGACUCCCUGUACACCGCCGUGCCCACCAUUGAGCCCGACGACGAUAUCCUCAUUGUCACGCAGUCGGGCUCGGACACCACCAUCCGCAUGAUCGCCACUCCACCGCUGUCUCCAAGGCCGGGCCCGACCACCACCUCCGCAGACUCGGGCUCCUCCACCUACAGGCCGCCCGUGCCCCCGAAGCCCCCAGUCAGGUCACCCCGGCGAAAACACCUUUCCCCGUCCUCCCCCAGCAUUGCAGGGCCGGGUCCGGGGCCGGAGCCAGAACCUGGGCCAGGACCGGAGCCAGAGCCAAGGCCCUCCCCGACGAGUCAGGGGGACGCCGAGCCCGUCGACCGGAAGCACCCGCUGUACCGCUCGCUGGAGGACGUCAGCGAGACCAAGCAGCUCUCCCUAUCAGCCCCGGCGGAAAGCGACCUCGGUGACCUAGACUCGCUCAUCUCCGAGGCGGGCUUCCCGCUCAGCAUGCGCGUCACGCACCGGAAGCUCUUCUGGGACAAGCAGCUCCAGCGCAACACGGAGGGGGAAGGCGUCGCCCACGCUCCCCACGCCGCCCCCGCCAAGGGGAGGGGCAUAACCUCCGACAGACCCGCGCCCGCACCAGCGGCCUCGUCCGCGGUGCACACGGUGGUGCUGACGUCGACUCCACCGCGGCAGGCUGAGCCGGAGAGGCAAGGCCCUCCGACCCCCCCACCCAAGCCCACCCCAAGGAAGCACAGGGUCGCCCUGGCCCCGUCCCCACCCGAAGACUUCACGGCAGGCUCCAGCAGCAGACUCCAGGUGCUACGCAAGGCGCGGACGCGCACCGGGGCGUGCGAGGCGGAGGCGCUCCCGGCGGCCGGCAUCGUCAAGUCCGGCAGGCGGUUCUUCGAGAGCACGGCGCAGCAGCAGAAGGUAUCGGCGAGAACGCCAUGUUGUGCCGCGGAGGUCGUGGACCCUGUCACCAGGAUUAGGAGGGAGAUCGAGGCCCUGGAGAGGCGGACUCAGCAGGUGCACCAGGCGCAAAAGCGACAGCAGAGCGCUUUCAAUGUCCCAAAGAAGCGCGCGCCGCCGCCACCACCGCCUGUCGCAACCUCGACCACGGCCACGGCGUUCUCGGCCUCGGUUAGGGCGAGUGGAACUUCCGCGCCAGGGGGAGGUCCCGGCAGCCGACAUAUUGACACAGGCAGCACCGCGAUGCGAACCAGCAAAACUUCGAACCGAGGUAAAGGAAGUUGGGGGCGCAAGUUCAAAAAAUGCUUCUCUUAA